UUCAAUCACCAUAACCAUGUGAGCCAUGUGCAAUAGUGAAACAGUAUUGACAUACGUUGUUUAAAAUUUCUAGUUAGUAUUGUUUUAUAAAUUUUAAAACUAUUACUUACUUCAAGAGACAUUUUUAAUUUUUGAUUUCAUAGAUACAUAUUAUAACUAUAUUAACAUGAGUUUACAAGUUGUGACUUUAAAGUCUGAGGAAGCAGUAAACUGGUUUCAAAAGCGUUUAAAAAAUGCUGUGAGUUAUGGACUUUCUACCGAAGAUCACAAAAUGUUUGAUGUAUUUAUUUCAUCAACUUUAACCGAUGUUGACAUUAAAAAGCACAUAAUCAAUUCAGUCCUUCCUACAUUUUUUGAAAAUAUAGUCUCAAGAAAAGUUAAUAAAUCUACAAUAGAUGCACAAGCAUCUAUUAUUAGAUUAUUCAUGAAAUACUAUGGUGGAACAUGUAGUCAAUUCAAGAAUUCUUUGGAUAAAUUUACAACUAAAGCAUUGUGUGAGUGCUUUAAAGAUGACAAUAUUAUGUUCAAAGUUACUAAAUAUCUUGCUUUAUAUCCUCAAUGUGGUGGCCGUGGACAGCAAGGUAUUAACCAUGUUGAGGCUUGGACUGACCAAUUUAAUGAUUAUCUUUAUUGUGCCUCAUAUUUUUUGAAUCAGCUUUACUCAAACCUGAAUUUCUUUUCAAGUGUAGAUUCAAAAUAUGAAGGCAAAUUUGAUAUUUCAGUUUUUAAUUUAUCUGAACUUGGACAAAUAACUUGUACUCCAAAUGAGCGUUAUGAAAAAUUAACAUCAGUUUUUCUUUUUUUCAACACUGCAAUACAGUCAAUGUUGCUAUCAAUGUUUUCUACUGUAAAGCGAUUUGAUUCUAACAAAGUUAUUCAAUUUGCUCUAAGUACUUUAUCAGUCACUUCAGAAAAACUUAAUGCUACAAUGAUAACUGAAGAUGUAAUUGCAUUAGAUUCUGUUUUGUGGAAAUUGCAUUCUUCUGUCAUCAAAACUAUUUCAGCACUUAUUAAAUGUUGCGGAAGAAUUUUGAUUCCUCAAGGAAUAUCAAUUUGUCGUAUUUUAUUGCAGUCUUUAAAUAUGACUCAAUUAAGUUCAUCUAACUAUAUAUAUGGCACAACCAGACCUAAUCUGCAACAGCGGAUAUUAACAUAUCAAGUAAUAAAUUCUUGGUUGGCUGUAGCUGGUUCACAGAGCUCACUUGAAAUGUUUAGCGAAAGCUUUACUUCUGGUAUUUUAUUCGAUAUAAAAUAUGAUAAACCAACUCUUAAUUUAAUUGUCGAUAAACAAACUGGUAAUAAAAAGAGAAAAAGUGGUGCAUUAAAUGAAAAAAUAAUAAAUCAACGGGAUACAAUUGUUAUGCAUGACUAUCAUGCUAAUAAAAAUAUAUGUAACGCAGCUCAUUUAACUCUUCAAUUAUUUUUAAAUACCCUGUCUUCAGAUUUAAAACCCAUGCAAUUUAAAAUUUUUCAAAGUACCAUUAUAAAUUUGCUUUUGGAAAUUAUUAAAUGUCAAAAACCUAAUGAUUAUCCUCUGCCUUACUAUGAUGAUUCUUGUAGACAGAAUUUAUACAAAUCAUUGCUAUCAUUAAUAAUCUCACCACAUCCACAAUGUAUUACACAAACUUGUGUUGCAUUACGUCUUUUUAAUUUUGGUACAACAGACCACAAUGAAAAAAUAAAAGAAGUUUGCAGAUCAUCAUUAAGUAAACUUGAACACAUAAUUCGUCCACGUAAUGAUACACUAUUUUUUCCUCUUGAAAAUGAAAUAGAAAUACCACAAUCUGAGCAAAAUGCUUUACCAGAAAAUAAAACUCAUUUUUUAAAUGAAAUAGUUGUAGAUUCAAUGGUGUCUAAUAAAGCAAAACAUCUCCAAGUUUCUGAUACUGAUAAUAUUAAUCCAACCAUAACGAUUUCUCUAACAAAUAAUAAUUUGAGUGAAAAAAUUAAUGAAGAUCUUAAGUCAACUGAAAAAAAAAAAUGUAUUCAACCAGUUAUUCCUGAAACGAGUAAACAAGCACCUAUAUAUGUAAAUAAUGUUAUUGAAGCAAUGGAUAUUGAAAAUAAUAUUGGAAAACAUGAGGUUUCAAGUCAUAAUGAAAAUGAUGAGAUUGAAGAUAACAAUGUUAAUGAAAUGCUUAAAGAUUUUAUAGACUCCGAUUAAAAUUACUUUUGUUAGAUAAAAAUAUAAACUUGAUUUAUUUUUAAAUA